AAAUUUAGCCGUGACGCUGUACGUUUGUACGUCGUUGCGUCAACAUUUGACAUGCGCAGUAAGGAACACGUGAAGAACACAGCAUGGCAGAACGAAAUUUUCAGUUGGAUUCGUCUCAGGUGAAGAAGGCGGUGCAGGCUCUGCAGGCUUUCCUUAAAACCAAGACCACUGGUGACGCGCUGUUCCUGGAUGAGACUCAGCACAUCAGCCUCCUCUUCACCCUGUGGAAGGUGCCACAGCGGGCCCAGACCAUCCGCAUUCCUUUGCCCCAUGGCCAGCGACCUGACACAGAAGACGUUUGCCUCUUCACCAGAGAUGAACCCAAGAUGACAUCGGAGCAGUGCCAGAGGUUUUAUAAGAGGCUGCUGGAGGAGAAGGGUGUCAAAAACAUAACUGAGAUAAUACCAUACAAGAUGUUAAAGACAGAGUACAAACCAUUUGAGGCCAAGCGCCGCCUACUGGGGAACUUUGACUUGUUCCUCUCUGACGAUCGGAUCCGCCGCCUGCUGCCGUCUCACAUCGGGAAACAUUUCUACGAGAGAAAAAAAGAGCCGCUGUCUGUUAACCUGCAGAGCAAAAAUCUGGCCAGAGACAUCCAGAGAGUGAUCCAGGGAACCAGCCUGAAGGUUACCAACAAGGGCUGCUGCUGUAUGGCACGCGUCGCCCACUCCGGCAUGACUGCAGAGGAAGUGACUGAUAACAUCGAGGCUGCUGUUCAGACCAUAGUGGCCAAGCUGCGCAUGAAAGGACCACUGAUAAAGCUGAUCCAUGUAAAGAGUCAGACAUCAGUGGCUCUGCCCAUCUACACCUCAGACCUGAGCCACAUUAGUGUGCUCGAGGAGAUGCAAGCCAAGGCUCGCAGUGCCAGGGCAGAAAAAAAUCAGAAAAAAAAGAAGACGACCAAGCGCGUAAAGAAAGCAGAUGCUCCAGCAGAGGGGACGGAGGAGAAGAAAAAUAAGGCAGAGGAGAAGGAAAAAGAAGAAGAGGAGGAAGAGAUCCCACAGCUGGUUCCCAUAGAAACACCCAGCAAAAAGCCCAAACUGGAGAAGCCGCCCAAGAAGAAGCAACUGCAGAAAGCACCCAAACCUGCUGCUGUGAAGAAGGGAGCAAAGCCUCAGGGCAAACUGAGCAAGAAGGCUGGAAAGACAGACUCCAAAGUAAAGAGAAAAGUGAAAUGAUUCAGACUGGAGCGUUUUCUCAACGUGGACAUUUGAUUCCCAGAUUGUUUGUAUGGAGUUUAAAGUUUAUCCGAAGCCGUCUAAAAGCUUUGUUUAUCGCUUUAAACUCUUUUCCGUUUAUGUUGAAACGGUGUCAGAAAGGUGAUAAUUAAAAGCUAUGAUGAUUUUGGA